AUGCGACUUGCGACCGAAGAGCAAGUUCUUAGCCAACAAGAUGAGGGGCAAACUCUCAACCCCAACCUUGAUUCUCAGUCACAAAAGGAAAAUUCUCAUGUGGUUGCAAGUCGGCCACCCAUUCCACCUACUCCUCUAGAGGAAAGUGAGGUUGGUAUGGAAUAUGAGAGUGAGAAAGAGAUGGGCGAGACGACCUUAGGAUCAAAUGUUCAAGUCGACCAUCCUAUUGAGAGCCUGACAUUGGUUGAGGAAAAGGAGUCCACCCAAGGGGAUGAGACCCAAAAGAUGGUCACCGAUGAAAAUUGCAAUAUGGUCCAACCCAAGGCCACUAUCUUAGGAUGUAAUAGCUUACCACCUAGUGAAGAAGGAGGUCGAAGCACGACCCAAGGUGGAAUCAUAAUAGACAUGAUUGUAUGA